AUAUAUAUAUUUUUUUUUUUGGAGACGGAGUCUCGCUCUGUCACCCAGGCUAGAGUGCAGUGGCGCCAUCUCGGCUCACUGCAAGCUCCGCUUCUGGAUUCAUGCCAUUCUCCUGCCUCAGUCUCCCCAAUAGCUGGGACUACACGCGCCCGCCGCCACGCCCGGCUAAUUUUGUUUUUGUAAUUUUAGUAGAGACGAGAUUUCACAGUGUUAGCCAGGAUGGUCUCGAUCUCCUGACCUCGUGAUCCGCCCGCCUCGGCCUCCCAAAAGUGCUGGGACUACACGCGUGAAUAUUUUUAAAAAAGCAAUUUCAUGUACAUUUUCUCAGGCACCACUCAAGCUGCCUGUCCAAAGGGCAGACGACCUCUCCUUUAGUCUUUCUCUUGAAUAUGCUCUUCAAUUUCAUUAAUCUCUAUUCAUGGGUAUAACAAUAUUGGAAAAAUUGGACAGAGUAGCACUUGUUCCUGGCUUUGCAGACUAGAGAUGCUUCUAUUCCCUGUUGGCACACUCAGGAUGAGGGCUAAGGGCAGCCCAAGAAUUCAGCCUCUCUCUCUAAAUGUCAACUGUUUUCAAGUAACGACAGGUCAGGGGUCCCAUCUGUUCAUUCUCCUCCACAGUGGCCCCACAAUAUCCGUCAGGUGUUUAUGUAUCCAAAGAGGAGGCUACUCACUCCAUCUGGUAAACCAACAUACUCAUGAUGUAGUGGAAAGAGCCCCGGAGUAGCACAGGGGGCUGCCUCAAUACACACUUACUGAGCGUCUAACAGUGAAUGAGUCAAGUCCUUCGCAGGCACUGGCAAUGGGAAGAUGACCAAAACAAACGGCUGAACCUUGCUUUCAAGGCCUUCAUAAAGCACUGGAGAUGACAAACACGGUCCGAUACAAAGGGUCAGGUUCAGGACUCCAGUCACUAUUAUCAAAGAGCCACGGGAAUACAAAGGAAGGAUUUACUAGCGGGGGAAGUUCCUGGAGGGCAUCACAAAGAGACCUCUGAGCUGGAUCCGGAAGGACAGAUGAGUUUAAGCUGAAAGUGGGGACGGUCGUUCCCGCUGGCGGGAACCGAAGGAGCCAAGGCAGCUUUGGGGCGGAGACCAGGUGGCACCCGCGUCGCUGCAAGGACACACAAGCUGUUGUAAGAGGGUCAACCUCUCCGGGCCUUGGCUCAGAAACCUGGGACGAUUACACUCUAAAAGCGCUUGGAAAAACUGCAAAACUCGUACUGCUUUUCGCAAAAGCUACUACCGAGCCGCGAGCGCAGGAAGCCCUGCGAGGCGUCUGCGAGGACGCAAACGCCGCGAAACGAGUCCUCCACGCCUCCAUCCCCGGCAUAGUGAAGUGUAGUCCUCUGGCCCACAGCCGAAAGGAAAGACCCGGGUCGGGGAGGGCCCCUCCAGGGGCGGGCUCAGCCGGAGUCUGCCCGAGCUGCGCGCGGCCACGGUGGUUCCGCGGCCUGGCGCUAAGUGCCUCCCGCCGUCUCCCACUGCAGCCCCCACCGCCCCUCCGCAAGGCCCGGCGCCUCCCGCCACCUCCUCGGUUGCUGCGGCCGCUCCAGCUCCUCACAGCCGUUAAACCCAGGCCUAUCCCGCGGUCGGUUCUCUUCGGCUCUCUUCGCCGUGACGAAUCGGCGCCCGGCUAGGAAAGUAUCCAAAUUCGGGGAGUUUUGAGGAACCAAUGGGGCCUGAAAAAAAUCCCAGAGUGUGCUAAGCAUCACCGCAUCCUCACUAGAAGGUUUAUUUUUUCCAAAGAGGGUCGGGUGGGGCCCGGAAAAAAAAAAUUAAGAAGAGUGUGGAAAGUGCGAGUGCGGAAGCUCCGGACGCGAGGGGCGGGGCGUGCGCGGGACAAAGGGAAGCGAAGCCGGAGCUGCGGGCGCUUUUACUGCCCGCGGUGUCUCAGAUUCAUUCUUAAGGAACUGAGAACUUAAUCUUCCAAAAUGUCAAAAAGACCAUCUUAUGCCCCACCUCCCACCCCAGCUCCUGCAACACAAAUGCCCAGCACACCAGGGUUUGUGGGAUACAAUCCAUACAGUCAUCUCGCCUACAACAACUACAGGCUGGGAGGGAACCCGGGCACCAACAGCCGGGUCACGGCAUCCUCUGGUAUUACGAUUCCAAAACCCCCAAAGCCACCAGAUAAGCCGCUGAUGCCCUACAUGAGGUACAGCAGAAAGGUCUGGGACCAAGUAAAGGCUUCCAACCCUGACCUAAAGUUGUGGGAGAUUGGCAAGAUUAUUGGUGGCAUGUGGCGAGAUCUCACUGAUGAAGAAAAACAAGAAUAUUUAAACGAAUACGAAGCAGAAAAGAUAGAGUACAAUGAAUCUAUGAAGGCCUAUCAUAACUCCCCCGCGUACCUUGCUUACAUAAAUGCAAAAAGUCGUGCAGAAGCUGCUUUAGAGGAAGAAAGUCGACAGAGACAGUCUCGCAUGGAGAAAGGGGAACCGUACAUGAGCAUUCAGCCUGCGGAAGAUCCAGAUGAUUAUGAUGAUGGCUUUUCAAUGAAGCAUACAGCCACCGCCCGUUUCCAGAGAAACCACCGCCUCAUCAGUGAAAUUCUUAGUGAGAGUGUGGUGCCAGACGUUCGGUCAGUUGUCACAACAGCUAGAAUGCAGGUCCUCAAACGGCAGGUCCAGUCCUUAAUGGUUCAUCAGCGAAAACUAGAAGCUGAACUUCUUCAAAUAGAGGAACGACACCAGGAGAAGAAGAGGAAAUUCCUGGAAAGCACAGAUUCAUUUAACAAUGAACUUAAAAGGUUGUGCGGUCUGAAAGUAGAAGUGGAUAUGGAGAAAAUUGCAGCUGAGAUUGCACAGGCAGAGGAACAGGCCCGCAAAAGGCAGGAGGAAAGGGAGAAGGAGGCCGCAGAGCAAGCUGAGCGCAGUCAGAGCAGCAUCGUUCCUGAGGAAGAACAAGCAGCCAACAAAGGCGAGGAGAAGAAAGACGAUGAGAACAUUCCAAUGGAGACAGAAAAAAAUUGCCAGCUCUGUCCUAGAAAAACCCUUACUUCUAGGUAUACUGAUUUUCCUGAUUAAAAGCAUCCCUCAAGAGGAGACACACCUUGAAGAAACGACAGAGAGCCAACAGAACGGUGAAGAAGGCACGUCUACUCCUGAGGACAAGGAGAGUGGGCAGGAGGGAGUCGACAGUAUGGCAGAGGAAGGAACCAGUGAUAGUAACACUGGCUCGGAGAGCAACAGUGCAACAGUGGAGGAGCCACCAACAGAUCCCAUACCAGAAGAUGAGAAAAAAGAAUAAAUGUUGCCUUGUUUUAUGUGUUCUAAAUACUUUUUUAAAUGAAAAAAUGUUUUUUGGUUUUAAUGGUGUUAUGUGGUUUGUGUAUUAAUUUUUUUCUUGUCCAUAUCACACCACCAAAGGCUUUUGGACCAUUUAGCAUCAUGAGCCUAAUGGCACAGUCAGUCACCUUUCUUAAGUGUUGUGAAGAUGGCUCUUUUCUUUGGAUCUUGUUUCUAGCCCUCAACUGCUGAAAGCCUCAGAAUUUAGGUUAAUUGAGAAAACACCCACCUCUUUUAGAGAAUUAUCCUUUGAUGCUGCAGAAUCUACUCUUACAAUGCCUUCCUACAGCUCACUGGGGUGCUUACCAAAGCCAUAGCUUUAAACCUUCCCAAUCCCCAUCAACAGCUUCCUGAAAGUUUCCUCUCUUGUUUACUUCUGCAAAGGGUAGCUUCUUAAAAACGUGAUCAUGUAUGAGUAAGUAUUUGUUCACUUACCCUUUUUUACUUUUAAUCAAUGUCAGAUACCAAGAGUUGUGUUAAGAAGUUGAGUGUAGCCUGCAACUACGCGUGGAUCUUACUGAUCCAGAAAUAGUCCCCAUAGUUAGAGUAGUUACUUAUGAAAUGGUCAUUAAAGUGAACACAGCACAUAUACAUUAUCUGUACUGCUUUUUGUUAUGAUUAAUAUUGGGUAUGUUCUGGUAAAUCCAUCCUUAUUGUAUAGAAAGAAAAUUACUUUUUUACCAGGUUUUCCAAAGACAGAAUAGAUCACAAAGCUCAAGGAAUUUAAUAUUCUUGUAAUGGACUAGAUAAUUCAAACUGAUUAGCCCAUUUCUGAAGAAAAACAGCUGGGAAUUAAGUUAAUCCACUUGAAAUUGUUUUACAAUAAUCAGAACAUUCGAAACCUCAAGGCUCAGGAUCCCAUAGAUCAGAGCCCACCUUUUUGAUAAACUCUUAAAGUCUUGGAGACUAGAAGCAAGACAGUUUGUGACACAUAUGCUUCCCAAAAACUAGAAUAGAUUUUUACUGAAUAGUGGUAUAUCUGAUGGUAUAUGUUUCUUAAAGGUCCAAAUGUAAUAAAAAAAAAAAAAUGAAGAAAAA